UUUUCAGACUUAUUAACCACAUGUUACGACUCGAAUGGAGAGCCAAAUGUAACCGUUUAUGGGAAACACUCGGGAACUGAAAUACUGAAUCCCAUUCAGAACUUCACGUAUGACUUCUUCAAACAGUUUUUUACUGAAGUCAAGACUGUAUUUGCAGAUGAGUUCAUACAUUUGGGCAUGGAUGAGGUCUACUAUGAGUGUUGGGAAUCUAAUCCAGAAAUUAAGAAAUUUAUGCACGACUUGAAUAUGACUACAACAGCACAGUUGGAACAGUAUUACGUUAAGAGAACCCUUGAGAAUGUCAAGAAAAUUGGCUACAAAUACAUGACUUGGCAGGACCCGGUUGAUAACGGGGUCGAGAUGGCAUCGGAUUCUGUGGUACAACUGUGGAAAGACACCGAAUUAGGACCUAUUUAUAAGCCGUGGGGGGAAUACAUCAAACCUAUCGCUAAGAAGAAGUACCAAAUGGUGUUGUCCUCGUGUUGGUACCUCAACUACAUCAGCUAUGGACAGGACUGGAAAAAGUAUUAUAACUGCGAUCCACAUAACUUCACUGGCACAACAGAGGAGAAGAACCUAAUUAUCGGAGGCGAAGCGUGUCUUUGGAGUGAAUACGUCGACGGAACUAAUCUUUUGGCUCGACUUUGGCCGAGAGCGUCAGCAGUGGCGGAGAAACUGUGGAGUAAUCCGUUGGAUACGGACAACACGGAUAGCGCUCAGUUCAGACUGGAUGAGCACCGGUGCCGAAUGCUCAGAAGGGGAAUUCCGGCGCAACCCAUACUUAAUGGCUUUUGUGGUGAUUACGAGUGGAGUACUUCCAUCACAAAGACUUAUGAUAACCAUCGGAAAGACAUCACAAACUAUUCGUCUAUAAGUAAACUGCAGCCAGUGUUUCGUGAAUCCGAAAAUUUGAAUGCAUGUCAACAAUUGGCUGCAUUCGUGAGCCAUAACUGGGGAGACAGUGGUUGGGAAGGCUACAGUGUUUACACGAGUACUCAAAACCAGUGUUUGGACACCAAUUGCGAUGGCAUUCAGUGCUCAAGACUAACACGAAGACAAUAA